UAAGAUUGAACUUCAUGAAAUGUUGGAGUAUUUUUUUUUUUCAAAACCAGUACAUAAUGGAGUAGGUAAACCCAGCUGAAAGCACAAUAUUAGCUGUUUUUUCUCAUCUGCACACUUCAAAUUUGCAUUUGCUUAGUUCAUACUUCACUUGAGUAAUCAUUUACCUUCUUAUGAUUCAAAUUUUUAUUUAUGACUUGUCCAUUUUUGGAUCUUCCUUUUUUGUUUUGCUCCUAAUCCGUAGAGAGUUUUUUCAUAAAUCUCCUCCCUUUUUUGCUUUUGCCGGCGUUUGCCGUCUGUCAACUUGUGAGUAGAUUUUCUUGCCAAAUGUGGAGUGCUGUUUGAUUAAUUGCCUCUUACAAACUUAUAUUGAGGUUUAGUUAGAGAGACAUGGCCAUAUCUCGGCUUGCUCGCCAUGCCAAACGCCCAUAUGGGUUGUGCGCGAAGAUGACAGCAGUAGCAAUAAUGGGUCUCUGCUUUAUAUUUGUUUGGUCUAUGUUCUCUUCUCCUCCUUCUUCUUCAGUCACCGCUCAAAGAGAAAGCUUCGAUGACAUCGCAGAACCAGUACCAUCUAACAAGAGGAUAAGCAGUUUUGAGACCCAAUCUAAAGAUAAAGAACCAGAAAAACAUGAACCGAGUAGAGAAGAUCAAAAGGUAAAAGUUGAAUCGGACUUGGAUUUGAAAAAAGAUGAGAAAACGAUUAAUGGGUCUGUUUCUUUUGCUGUGAAUGAGCAUCGGUCUACGAAAAAGGGAAAGAAAGAAUCAACUAACGCGAAAAGAAAGAGAGAGAGUGCUACCAAGUCGUCCAAUGGGGUUGCAAAAAAUAAUAUUUCGCAAGAGGAAUCUGACAGCGAAGAAUCAGAGAAGGACGAGGAGGAAGGAGAAGUAGUGGAUGGCAGGGAAGAGGCAACUGAUGGUCAAAUUGAAGGAAAUGACGACGUGGAAGGAGAAGGUGAUUUGAUUGACACAGUGGAUCAAGAAGUGGCAGAGAAGGUGGAAGAUGGGAAUGGAUUGAAUGAUGGGUCUAAAAAUACAGGGAGGAAGAGGAAGAUAAAGGGUCCUUUAUUUGAUUCAAAAGCACAUUAUGCUUGGAGAUUGUGUAGCACAAGAAGCAAGCACAAUUAUAUUCCUUGUAUUGACACUGAGAGUGGUAUUGGAAGGUUGCAAGGCUACAGGCAUUCUGAGAGAAGUUGCCCGAGGACACCUCUUACGUGUCUUGUUCCUCUCCCUCAUGAAAGUUAUAGCUCUCCAGUGCGCUGGCCUGAGAGUAAGUUGAAGAUAUUGUAUAAAAAUGUGGCGCAUCCAAAACUUGAUGCAUUUAUCAAGAAAAAUAGUUGGAUGGUGCAGUCAGGGGAAUAUAUUACUUUUCCUGAAAACAAAUCUGAAUUCAAGGGUGGAGUUCAGCACUACCUUGAAUCCAUUGAAGAGAUGGUACCAGACAUUGAAUGGGGAAAGAAUAUUCGAGUGGUACUGGACAUUGGAUGUAUAGAUUCAAGCUUUGGGGCUUCACUUCUUGAUAAGGACGUAUUAACAUUAUCACUUGGCUUGAAGGAUGACCUAGUUGAUCUAGCCCAAGUUGCUCUAGAGCGGGGUUUUCCUGCUGUAGUUAGCCCUUUUGAAACUAGAAGACUUCCUUUCCCAAGUGGUGUUUUUGAUGCUGUUCACUGUGGCGAGUGCAGCAUUCAUUGGCAUUCCCAUGUUGUAUUUUCAGGAGGUAAGCUUCUACUGGAGAUGAACAGGAUUUUAAGGCCUAGUGGAUACUUUAUUUUGUCAACUAAGCAUGACAAUAUUGAAGAGGAAGAAGCCAUGACCUCCUUGACAGCAUCUAUUUGUUGGAAUAUUUUGGCUCAUAAAACUGAUGAAGUGAGUGAAGUGGGUGUUAAAAUAUAUCAGAAGCCCGAGUCAAAUGACAUAUAUGAGUUGAGAAGAAAGAAAAAUCCACCUCUUUGCAAGGAAAAUGAAAAUCCUGACGCAGCCUGGUAUGUUCCUAUGAAGACUUGUUUGCACAGUAUUCCAUCUUCAAUUGAACAACAUGGGACAGAUUGGCCUGAGGAAUGGCCCAAGCGGCUAGAAACUUAUCCAGACUGGAUUAACAAUAAAGAAAAACUGAUUGCAGAAACCAACCACUGGAACGCUAUAGUCGAAAAGUCAUAUCUGACUGGAAUUGGCAUUGACUGGUCAAAUAUCCGUAAUGUAAUGGACAUGAAAUCCAUCAAUGGAGGAUUUGCAGCAGCUCUCUCACAGCAGAAGGUCUGGGUGAUGAAUGUAGUUCCAGUCCAUGCACCAGACACACUUCCUAUUAUAUUUGAACGCGGGCUUGUUGGUGUAUACCAUGAUUGGUGCGAGUCCUUUGGCACAUACCCAAGAUCAUAUGAUCUUUUGCAUGCUGAUCACCUCUUUUCACGGCUCAAGAACAGGUGUAAGCAGCCAGUAUCAAUUGUUGUGGAGAUGGAUAGAAUAUUACGUCCUGGUGGUUGGGUUAUCAUACGUGAAAAAGUUGAGAUACUUGACCCACUUGAGGGAAUACUGAAGAGCUUGCAUUGGGAGAUUCGCAUGACUUAUGCGCAGAAUAAAGAGGGUAUAUUAUGUGCCCAGAAAACCAUAUGGCGCCCAUGAAAUCUCUGUAUAUGAAAUUUGCGUUUGUGUAAAAUGGGAAGUAGGGCGUCAGUCAGGGCAAGCUUUGUUUUAGCUGCCUUCUAGCAAAGCAAAAUACACAUUCUCGAGUCAAAUACACGAUUUAACACGGCUACUAAUUAGAUAGAAUAAUUACCUACUUAUCUUUUCAAUUUUUUGUCCCUUCAUUUUUACUUGGUCUAAUAAAAUGAUUGCCUAUUCCAAAAGGCUUCUUAAAGUUAA